AUGCAGUGCCUCUUUGCAUUCGUUUUGAUCCUGUUGUUGCUUUGUUUCGGUUUCUGUGAGUCUUUCGAAUGCAAAUCUGGUGCUGGACAUCGAUCUGGGGUCGCUUAUACCAUCUGGGUGGAUCAAUCUGGCAAAGGAGAGUUCAAAUCUGUUCAACAAGCUAUUGAUUCAGUCCCUUGUAACAACAAUAAGUGGAUACGUAUCUAUAUUUCUCCGGGGAUCUUCAGGGAGAAAGUUACAAUUCCUGCUGAUAAGCCUUGCAUUUUCUUGGAAGGAUCCGGGAGCCGAUUAACCAUUAUUGAAUGGGAUGAUCAUAAGUGUACCAGUGACAGUGCUACUUUCUCCUCGUAUCCUGAUAACAUUGUUGCAAAAGGCAUUUCUUUCAAGAAUAUCUACAACAUACCACCGGUUGUACUAGAAGGGAAGAACUCGGUGGUGCCGGCUCUAGCGGCAAGAAUAUACGGGGACAAAUCAGCGUUUUAUAGCUGUGGUUUCUUCGGGUUGCAAGAUACAUUAUGGGACGUAGAAGGCCGCCAUUACUUCUACGGUUGCUACAUCGAAGGUGGUAUAGAUUUUAUAUUCGGGAGUGGCCAAUCGAUCUAUGAGAGUUGUCAAGUAAAUUUCACGUUGGGAAAAUAUGCACCCCAGUAUCCCGAGGGUUACAUAACGGCACAGGGAAGGAGUUCAUCGGAUGAUCCAAGCGGUUUUGUGUUUAAAACUUGUGCUUUUGUAGGGACUGGUAAAACGUACCUGGGAAGAGCAUAUGGGGCUUACUCUAGAGUGAUUAUAUACAGGUCAAUGAUGUCGGAUAUAAUUGUUCCUUCUGGUUGGGAUGCUUGGGACUAUGUUCACCAAGAGGGAAAUUUGGUGUACGAGGAGGCUAAUUGCAGGGGAGCAGGGGCCAACACUUCGGGGCGAGUGCCUUGGAUGAAAAAACUCGGUGCUUCGCAGCUCCAUCAAUUUGUGAGGAGAUCAUAUAUUGAUAAAGAAGGAUGGAUUGAUAAACUGCCGAUCAAGUCCUAA